AUUGUCUUCUUUGUAGUCUAUGUGACAUCAGUCUUAGGCAAUGUCAUGAUCAUCGUCAUCAUCUUCUCUGAUUCACAUUUGAACUCUCCUAUGUACUUCUUGCUCAGUAAUCUUUCAUUUAUCGAUAUCUGCCAAUCUAACUUUGCCACUCCCAAGAUGCUUGUGGACUUUUUUAUCGAGCAUAAAACUAUCUCCUUUGGGGGUUGCAUGGCUCAGAUAUUUCUUCUUCAUAGUUUUGUUGGGAGUGAAAUGAUGCUACUUGUAGCCAUGGGGUAUGACAGGUUUAUAGCAAUAUGUAAGCCACUGCACUACAGUAUGAUUAUGAACAGAAGACUGUGUAUAAUUUUUGUGUCUAUUUCCUGGGCGGUGGGCAUUCUCCAUUCCGUGAGUCACUUGGUCUUUACAGUGACUCUCCCAUUCUGUGGUCCCAAUGAAGUAGACAGCUUCUUUUGUGACCUUCCCCUGGUGAUAAAGCUGGCUUGCAUGGACACAUACAAAAUGGAAAUUAUGACCCUGGCCAACAGUGGGCUGAUAUCUCUGAGCUGUUUUCUGGCUUUAAUUAUUUCCUAUACCAUCAUCUUGAUCACUAUCCAAUGCCAGUCCUCCAGUGGGUCAUCCAAGGCACUUUCUACAUUAACUGCUCAUAUCACAGUGGUGAUUCUAUUCUUUGGGCCUUGCAUUUAUUUCUAUAUAUGGCCUUUUAGCAGACUUUCUGUGGAUAAGUUCUUGUCUGUCUUCUAUACCAUUUGUACACCUUUACUAAAUCCCAUUAUAUAUUCUCUGAGGAAUGAAGAUGUUAAAUCAGCCUUUCAGAAAUUGCGAAACCACAGUGUAAAUGCUUAGAAAAACCAAGAAUUUCUGUGA